AUGGGAGGCGGUGAUACUGUUUCGUAUGGAGAAUGCCUGAAACUGCAUUCGGCUCUUGAAAAUAAAGCCGAUGGCCGCCAGGAGUUCAUCCCGGUGGGCGGAGAUUACCCGAUGGACUGUACCGCCUGCGGCUGCCACCGGAAGGUUAUCUGGCGCGUGUUGCACACGGUGUGCCAGAAGAACCACAACCCAAUGGGUCCUGAGUCCAAGGACGGCUGCCAGGAGUUUAAGUCUUUCCCCGGAAACCACCACCUGCAGGUCGAAGCCUGCGCUGCUUGCGGCUGCCACGUCAGCUUUCACAUGAAAGAGAAGAAGAGAAAACCAAAAUAA